AUGUGGAGAGAUCCUGGAGCUCCUGCUGAUUCUUUCUAUGAAAUCCGCCCUGAGUGCACCGAUGUCCCCAAAUCUAAAUUUAGGAUUAAGGCUGGUAAAACACUAAGUGAAAGAAAGUGGCACGCUGCAUUUUCUCCAGAAGGGUAUCUGGAUAUAGGCAAGACUCUAAGCCGAAUCCACCAUGGGGGAAUCCAUCCAUCAAUUAGAGGAGAAGUUUGGGAAUUUCUACUUGGUUGCUAUGAUCCCAAAAGUACAUAUGAGGAAAGAGAUGAGUUACGGCAGCGCCGAAGGGAGCAAUAUGCUACAUGGAAGGAAGAAUGCCGCCAAUUGUUUCCUCUUGUGGGAAGUGGUAGAUUUAUCACCGCACCCGUAAUUACUGAUGAUGGUUUAUCGAUUCAAGAUCCAUUGGUUCUAUUAGAAAAUAAUCCAGACAAUGGAGUGAUCGUACCUCCUCAAGAUAAUAAUAUGGGUGGCACCAAUGGUAUGGGGGCUGCAAAUAACUUAAAAAAAGUGACAGACAAGAAAGUAAUCCAGUGGAUGUUAACUCUCCAUCAAAUAGGUCUUGACGUGAUUCGUACUGAUAGGACACUGGUUUUUUAUGAGAAGAAAGAGAACUUAUCAAAACUAUGGGAUAUUCUUGCUGUUUAUGCUCGGAUAGAUACAGAUGUUGGCUAUGGUCAAGGAAUGAGUGACCUAUGCUCUCCCAUGAUUAUACUUUUCAAUGAUGAAGCUGAUGCAUUUUGGUGCUUUGAGCGUCUGAUGCGUAGACUGCGAGGAAAUUUCAGAUGUACUGAUAGCUCUGUUGGGGUGGAGACUCAACUAAGUAAUUUGGCUUCAAUUACUCAAGUAAUUGAUCCAAAACUUCAUCAACAUUUAGAGCAUCUUGGUGGAGGUGACUAUCUGUUUGCUUUUCGGAUGCUAAUGGUUCUGUUUCGUCGAGAAUUCUCCUUUUGCGAUUCAUUGUACCUUUGGGAGAUGAUGUGGGCUCUGGAAUAUGAUCCUGACUUGUUCUGGUUGUAUGAAGAAGCUGAAGAAAAUUCUGAAAAAUCUGAACGAAGAUUAAAGUCAAUACGUCAUUAUGGGAAGUUUGAGAGAGAAAAUAUGAAAAAUGGAGCAAAGAAUGCAGAAGCUCCUCCUCUUCCCAUAUCUAUUUUCCUUGUUGCCAGUGUGUUAAAAGAAAAAAGUGCAACACUACUCCAGCAAGCACGAGGGCUGGAUGAUGUUGUAAAGAUAUUGAAUGACGUAAAUGGAAAUCUAGAUGCCAAAAAAGCUUGUAUUGCGGCACUGAAACUUCACAAGAAAUAUUUGAAAAAGGCCAAGAAACCCUAGCACCAACCCAUGAUAUAUUUGUUUUUUCGCUGAUCAAGUGAUGUGUUGCUUCCUGCAUGAUGCCCUUUGUUUGGGAGACAAUAUUGAAGCUCCUCAUAAAAUUUGGACUGGAUUUUACAGAAUUUUUUAAAAAAUACAAAUAAAGGCUCCAACCUUCAAGUCUUAGCUGAGAAUCAACUGUUGUAUGAGAAAUUUUUAUUUUCAUUUUUUUGUAUAUCUAAAAUAACAAAGGUUGUCCAUGAUAUUAUUCUGUACAACUAUCUGUUCAUACUUUGUAAUAUAUUUUAUAUUGA